AUGGCUCGGGAUAUGUCCGAUAAGGAGAUCUUGAAAAUGGAGCUGGAUCAGUUGAAGAAGGAAGUUAGCACAGCCAGAACACCACUGGCCGCCAACUGUGCACAGACGGUCUCUAUGGUGGAGGAGUUGUUCCCAAACGACCCGCUGAUAAAGGGCGUCUCGGAUGAAAAGAACCCCUACAAGGGAGACAAGGGAGGCUGCACGGUGACAUAG